ACACUGAAAACUUCACAUGUUCUCCCUUCUACGACUCUCCUCAUCUCACAUUGAUCUCUUCACUGCAAUUUUGUUCUGUUAAUUAUCUGCAGAAAAAAGAAAAGAAUUUAUAAGGGGUCUCUCUGCAAAAUCUUUAAAGCCCUUAUCCAUUUCUGUUUUUUUGGAAAACUGUGUCAGUUAGGCUGUUGCUCGUUAUAUAUAUACAGAAACAUUUUCAGUGAUUUUGGUUUUGCAAAAUUAUAUAUGGAGAAAGCAAAGCAAGUAGCUGGUUCAUCUGCUUCUUCGUCAUCCUUUACCAACGAUCUGUUUGGUCCCAAAGAGCCGACAAAAUCGUCGCUCUUUGGUUCCGUUUUUGGCCCUCAUUCCACGGGACUGGGAAGGGAUACCAUUCACUCUGGAGUUAGAGGUUUAUCAAGAAUCCAAGAUUCAGGAAACCAGUCAUUUGGCAAUGCAAAAUAUGGAACUUCAGAAAAUGGGUCUCAAAGAAGCAGGGGAGAUAUCAAGAAAGCCAUAUAUCAGAAUGAAACAACAGAACCAUGCCAUUUGAGCUCAUCUAUAUACUAUGGUGGUCAAGAUGUUUAUUAUCCAACUACUCAGAUCCCUGGCUACCAGAAUACUUUCAAGAAAAAUGAAGAAGAUGAUAGUCAAAAUGGAAACAAUUCAAACUGUGCUUCAAGAGGAAAUUGGUGGCAAGGAUCACUGUACUAUUGAGGUCUUGCAUUUUUCCAUGCAAAUCUGAUCAGCCCCUUUGUUAGGAGAUCAAAGAAGGAAAUCAUCACCUACAAGGAGUGGUAGAUCUUACAACAUUUGAUCAGCCCCUUUGUUUCUUUUUCUUGAAGUUGCGGUCUUUCCCGGACCUUACAUGAAUGUGAGAUAUUUUGUGUAUCAGGUUGCCGUUAUAUUUAUGAUAGUAAUUCUAUGACUUUAAGACAACUUGUACAUGGGUUCAUGAGUUCAACAGGACCCACUAUUUCAGUGUUGAACCAUAUAUAUGAAUUCCGCAUAUAAGUAUAAAUAUAUAUUUCAGAAUCCA